AUGACGCGCCCCAGAGCACUGCUCGCGCUGCUGCUGGCGCUCACGCUCACUGUUGCAAGUGUGGCCGCUGAAACCCAAGACGAGGACUCGCCCUUCAACUACGUCACUUCGAACCUGCUGGCUCAGCUGUUGGUACUGCUGUUGAUAUUUUUCGGAAGUUGCAUUGGCGUGUGCUGUCUUAUGAAAAUAGACACACCAACUAUGUUCUCUGAUAAGCCUCUGGUCAUCAACAAGGAGUACUAG